AUGACACUAGAUGCAUUCAAUCAACAAUUAAGUAACUAUUGGACUUCAGAUAAACUCAAAUCGGCAAAAUCAUUAGAUAUCUCAUUAUCUAAAACAAAUAGCUCACUACCAACAAAUAAUUCUACAAAGAGUAAGAUUAUUUCACCAAAUGGUCGUCAAGUUUAUACAACAGGUCGUGUCUUUUGGCAAGUUGGAACAACACAUUAUACUUGUUCAGCUGCUGUUAUUGUUUCAAAAUCUGGUGAUAUGAUUUGUACUGCUGGUCAUUGUGUCUAUGAUACAACUAGCAAAACUUGGUAUAACCAAAAUAAUUGGGUUUUCGUUCCGGGUUAUAACAAUGGUAAUACUCCGUAUGGAGUAUGGCCUAUGCGACGUGUUACGGCACUUGUAGGAUGGACAACUCAAAGUGACUACAACUAUGAUGUUGCUAUGGUAGCUGUAUCAACAGUAAAUGGACAACAUCUUCAAGCAUAUGUUGGUUCACAAGGAAUUGGUUUUAACUUUCCACGUUCAGCGUUUACUUAUUCGUUUGGAUUAGCAUGUAAUAUGGGUCCUGGAUGUAGUGGAGGUCCAUGGUUACAAAAUGUAGUUGAUUCUACAGGUAUUGGUUAUGUAACAUCCGUCAAUAGUUUUCAGAUAACAACUGUGCCUAAUGUUAUAAAUGGCCCUUAUUUUGAUAUGAACAUAAAGAAUUUAUAUGACAAUUCAACAUCAAUGUAG